AAGCGAAAGCGAAAGCCGCCGAACCCGGAUGGCAGCCAGCGCAGGGCAGCGGCGGGUCUCAGAGCCGGACCGAAGACCGCUGGAGCCGCAGUCCCCAAGCCGCCCCCGAUAACACCAUGCCACUCCCUGACCUGAGAUCCUGGGCCAGCCUGCUGCUGCUGGACUUGGCCUUGCUCUGGCUCCUUCAGGGGACCCUGGGGGCUCUGCUCCCUGGAGGGCUUCCUGGCCUAUGGCUGGAGGCAGCCGUCCGCCUUGGGGGCCUCUGGUGCUUGCUGAAGCUGAGAGGGCUGCCGGAGGUUGGGGGGACACUGCUGCCCAUGCUCUGCCUGGUGCUGCCCCUCUUUCUCUCACUGAGGGCUCUGGUCCCAGGGGCCUUGAGUGCACCCCCAGCCAGGGUAGCCUCAGCCCCUUGGAGCUGGCUGCUGGUGGGCUAUGGGGCUGCAGCCCUAAGCUGGGCGAUUGACAUCCUGGGAGGGGACUUUGACCCUGAAGCCUUUGCCAGUGCCAUGUUUUUCAUGUGCCUCUUCUCCUUUGGGAGCUCACUGUCUGCAGGCUGCCGCGGGGGCUCCUUCAUGGUGACCAUGUCCAGAAUCAACUUGCGCAUCCGGGACCUGCUCUUUGCCUCCCUGCUUCGCCAAGACCUCGGCUUCUUCCAGGAGACUAAGACAGGCGAGCUGGAUUCCAGGCUGAGCUCAGAUACCACGUUCAUGAGUCGCUGGCUUCCUUUGAAUCCACUCUUUCAGGCGUUGCUCCUGGAGAUCCAGGAUGCUGUGGCGAAGUCAGGGCAGAUCGUGCAGGAGGCAGUCGGAGGGCUACAGACUGUGCGGAGUUUUGGGGCCGAGGAGCAUGAGGUCUGUCGCUACAAGGAGGCCCUGGAACGUUGUCGGAAGCUGAGGUGGCAACGAGAUUCAGAGCGAGCCCUGUACCUGCUUUUGCGGAGGCUGCUGCAGCUGGCUGUGCAGCUGCUGAUGCUGAACUGUGGCCUGCAACAGAUCCUGGCCGGAGAGCUCACGCAGGGCGGACUGCUCUCCUUCCUGCUCUACCAGGAGAACGUGGGGAGCCACGUGUUUAGCCUGGUGUACAUGUGGGGAGAUAUGCUGAGCAACGUGGGAGCUGCCGAGAAGGUGUUUGCCUACCUGGACCGACAGCCAAACAUGCCCCCCUCGGGGACACGGGCCCCUUCCCACCUGGAGGGGCGUGUGGAAUUCCACGAUGUCUCCUUUGCUUACCCCAGUCGACCGGACCAGCCUGUGCUCAAGGGGCUGAGCUUCACUCUUCGUCCUGGUGAGGUGACUGCGCUGGUUGGGCCCAAUGGGUCUGGGAAGAGCACCGUGGCCGCCCUGCUGCAGAAUCUGUACCAGCCCAGCGGGGGCCAGGUGCUGCUGGAUGGGGAGCCCCUCUCCCAGUAUGAGCACCACUACCUGCAUAGAAAGGUGGUGUUGGUGGGGCAGGAGCCAGUCCUCUUCUCGGGCUCGGUGAGAGACAACAUUGCUUAUGGCCUGGAGAACUGCAGGGAUGAGGAGGUGCUGGCAGCGGCCAGGGACGCCCACGCAGACCAAUUCAUAGCGAAGAUGGAGCACGGCAUGCACACAGAAGUCGGGGAGAAAGGGAGCCAGUUGGCUGUGGGGCAGAAGCAGUGUCUGGCCAUUGCGCGGGCCCUUGUGCGAGACCCCCGGGUGCUCAUCCUGGAUGAGGCCACCAGUGCCCUGGAUGCUGACUGUGAGCAGGCGCUGCAGGACUGGAAAUCCUGAGGGAACCGGACGGUGCUGGUGAUUGCUCACAGGCUGAAGACAGUUCAGGGUGCUGACCAGAUCCUGGUGCUCAAGAACGGGGAGCUGCAGGACCACGCCCAGCUCAUACAGGAGCAGGACACCUAUGCCAGUCUGCUGGGCCUGGACUGAGACUCCAGGGACACUGGAUAUGUGUCACGGUCACCUGCACACCCCAGGAUAGCACCUGCUUUGAGUUUCCCUGGGGGGGAGCAUGGUGGAGGUUUGGGCCAGGUGUGCUUUCUAAGGAUGUGGGGUUGGGGAGCUGGGACACCGCCUCAUUUUCUUGUUGAACAGAAUGUUGCCUGAUGCUGAGUAUUGUGGCAUAAUAAAUAUGUUAAAUGCUUUUUAAAAA